CCUGAUGCUGCUGAUUCUAGCAGUACUUGUGAUGACCCUAAAAAAGCUGAAGGUGCUUGUGCUCCUCCUUUAUCUGCUGAACUUCCUGCAGCUCGACAUGAGCCUGGGGAGAGUGGUCACGCUGCCACUGAAAAUCUCGCUUCAGGUAGUCAUCCUGGUCCCGUCACUACCCUGCGGGGAAGUGAUAGUGAACCGCAUGUAUCUGAAGAGUUGAGUCCACAAAUUCCACCACAAGAGGAUCCAUUAAGUGGUCAGAAGAUCGCACAAGGAGUGGCAGCGGACACUCUUCGAAACAACCCAACAGCAGAGACAUCAUCAUCAUCUCUUGGGCAGCAAGCAUCCAGUGGGUCACGUGGUCCUGAGGGCCAAACGAGAACGAAUGUUGGAACUUCACAAGACUCUCAAGAAGAAAACCGCAACACAGAAACGGAUACU